AAAGAGGAUAAACAAUGGAAGACACAGCCUUUUUCAAUGAAACAAUAAUUCGUCCAAUUGGUUUUUUUAUUGCUGGAUUUACAGACUUAUCAUAUGAAAGCUGGUUUUGGGGAUUUUUGUGUCUUGUUUAUAUUUUGACACUUCAUUCAAAUGCUUUGAUUGUUUUAAUAAUAUGGUAUGAACAGUCCCUACACACACCCAAAUACUUUGCUAUUUGUCAUUUGGCUGUCAUUGAUGCUUGUUGUAGCACAGCUGUUAUCCCAAAGGCGAUUGACACAUUUCUUUUAAACCACAAGUUCAUUAAGUAUGAAAUAUGUAUGUGUAGUCUUUUCUUUGUGCACUUUUUUGUUGGGAUGCAGUCUUUCUCACUCGUGUUGCUUGCUUACGACAGGCUAAUUGCAAUCUGUUUCCCUUUACAUCAACAUACUAUUAAUACUCCAACUCGAAUGUUUCUAAUAGUUAUCAUUCUUUGGGUAAUUAUGGGUGUUCUUGUAACUAUACCUGUUAUUCUAAUAGGGAACUUGUCAUAUUGUAAUUCAGUUGUAGUGAAAAGUUAUUUUUGUGAUCAUGGACCUCUAAUUUACUUGGCUUGCAAUGAUUAUUCGUUAAAUGCUGAAAUGGGAAAUCUGUAUGUCAUGGUAGUAAUUCUGGGUCCAUUGUGUUUCAUCAUAUUUACAUAUAUGUGUAUUUUCAGAGCUCUCACUAAAUUAUCUUCUUCUGACAGUCAAAAAGCAUUUAAAACAUGCACGUCCCAUUUAAUUCUAGUGGGGAUCUAUUACACACCUCUGCUCUUAACUUAUUUCACUGUUAUGGCUGGCUACAGUAUUUCCACAAAUGCAAGAAUUCUAAACAGUUCUCUUUCUGUGUCCAUUCCUCCUAUGCUUAAUCCAAUUAUAUAUACUCUCAAAACAGAAGAAAUAAUGGAGAAAAUCAGAAAACAUUAUUUACGAAGGAAGUUAACCCCUAGCUAUAAAUAGAUGGUUUCUUUAAAUUUAGAGCUGAGUUGUUUUUGUUUUCUUUUGUUUUAUGUUUGUCUUUAAUAUUAAUAUUCA